GGCUGACCUGCGGGAACUCGGCUUGCUUGGCACCGGCGGGUUCGGCAGCGUGACCCUGCAGGAGCACUGCCCCACUGGCGAGCGCUACGCCCUAAAGGCCGUUUCAAUCGGCCAGGUGGAGCAUUUGCAGAUGGAGUCCUACCUCCUGCGCGAGGUUGACGUCCCGAGGCGGCUGCGAUCUUCCAGCUUCGUGGUAUCCCUGGUGACCACGUUCCGGGACGCCGAGAAUGUGUACCUCCUCCUGGAGGUUCAAGCAGAAAAUGAAAGACGACAACAUCGAGCCAAAGUUGGUGAUGCAGGAGGCAAGGGCCCUGCUAUUCGAAGAGUUUCAGAAGAUGGGCCUUCGCACGGCUCUUUGGGACAGGAAUGUUUAGCGGCCUAG